UGCCAAGCGAGGGUCAACUCCCAACCGCGGCGCUCACUCCCCUCGGCCAUGAUUGGCUGAAUGGCAUUUGCUGAGGUCUGAAAACGGUUAUGGCAAUUGGAGUACGGACUCGGCGAGUAUUCAGUUUGACCAAGGGCUUUAGUUAUAAUCUGUCAACUACUGAUCCCAUACUAUCUGAGCACAGAAGACUGGCCGGAUGUCGCACACCACCCCUAACCCUCCCUCGGUGGUAGUAAAUGCUGCCAGUGAGAGACGACAAGUGCCGCUGAGGGAUUAUCUAAACGCACGAGUCGCGCCGUUCUUGAAGAAGGCCAUCACAGAAGGCUUAGGCGCUGAAGCAGAAUUCCCUCUCCAGUGGCUGGGAGAAUGCCUCAUCCACCAGUCCAUCCUAUACGAAGGCAACCCGGACCAUACGAAUAUUCGCGAAAGAUUUUUGUAUAAGUUUGACGAUCCCAAACCUCAAGAGCCGGCAGAUGCAUCAAAUGCCGCACCAGCACCAGCACCUGCACCUACGCAUCGUUCACCAUCGGCGCAACCAGAACCUGCGCCCGCGCCCGUCCCACAACAAGAGCCUACCGACCUACCCCCCGAGCUUCCCAUGAACGAAGCGAAUGAUGCUACUGCUGAACAGCCAGAGCCUACACAGCCAUCUGAUGGAGACACUGCGCCGCAAGCCACACCCAUAACAGAAGAACCUGUUGUCAACGGAGUCAAGGAAGAAGAGGCAAGAGUGGGAGACGCAACUCGAGAUGUUGAUACUGAGAUGGGAGGGACAUCAUGACGAAGAGUAGGUUGACACUCAGCUUGCAUGGUCCCGACCGGCGUUUAUACGUGGUUUGGCGUUCAGCUAGGACGGUCUUUUGGGUCUUGGAAUCUAAAAUCUGAUACCCUCCAGCUAUUCAUCUACAGCAUAAGAGAAAUUCCGAUAUCACAUUCGUGGCAAAGGCAAGAAUAUAUCUGUUCCACAUGGAAAGAAGAGGUGUAAGUGCUGUGAGCUGCAUAAGGCUGCUUCAUGCACACUGAACAGCUAGAGAUUGUGACACCCUCAUAAAGCACAACUGGUGUACCUUGUCCUUCACAUCGCAGUCUGAAUCAUCGGAGAAUCAACGGGACAAACCUGCUUUCAUGUCAUUAGUCCCCAUUCUCGACCAUAGAGCGAAAAUGCAGUAGUCAGAGUGGGAGGUGUGGGAAAUCAGAAGUCCAUUUAGAUCAUCGAAGAGAACCCUGCUGGGCUUCUCUUCUGACAUAAGAGGUACCAGAAAUUAUAAAUUUUCG